AUGGACCUUGGGGCCUUGGAGGCUGUGGUGGCCAACUCUGCCUUCAUUGCCGCCCGGGGCAGCUGCGACGGGAGCAGCGCCCUGUCCUCCCGGGACAGGAAGUACCUGGCCAAGCUCCGACUUCCCCCCUUGUCCACGUGCGAGGGGCUCCGAGCCAGCCUCAGCCUGGGGUUCGGCAGCGUGUGCUCAGAGCAGCCCAUUGGAAAGCGGCUCUUCCGGCAGUUCCUGGAGACCGACCGGAGGCACGCGCCGGCCUUGGGGCUCUGGAGGGACAUCGAGGACUACAACACUGCCGCCGCCGACCUGCGGCCGCAGAAGGCACAGGGACUGCUGGCCCAGUACCUGGACCCCCAGGCUGAGCUCUUCUGUGGCUUCCUGGAUGAGCGCACGGUGGCGCGGGUGAAGGAGGGCCUGGCCGGCAGCCAGGAUGGGCUCUUCCAGCCACUGCUGCAGGCCACGCUGGUGCACUUGAGCCAGGCGCCCUUCCAGGAGUUCCUGGGCAGCCUGCACUUCCUGAGGUUCCUGCAGUGGAAGUGGCUGGAGGCCCAGCCCAUGGGUGAGGAUUGGUUCCUGGACUUCCGUGUGCUGGGCAAAGGAGGAUUCGGGGAGGUAUCGGCCUGCCAGAUGAAGGCCACUGGCAAGAUGUACGCCUGCAAGAAGCUCAACAAGAAGCGCCUGAAGAAGAGGAAGGGGUACCAGGGAGCCAUGGUGGAGAAGAAGAUCCUGGCUCAGGUGCACAGCAGGUUCGUCGUCUCCCUGGCCUAUGCAUUCCAGACCAAGUCGGACCUCUGCCUGGUCAUGACCAUCAUGAAUGGGGGCGACAUCAGGUACCACAUCUACAACGUGGACGAAGAGAACCCUGGCUUCCCAGAGCCUCGAGCCGUCUUCUACACGGCCCAGAUCAUCAGCGGCCUGGAGCACCUGCACCGGAAGCGCAUCGUCUACCGCGACCUCAAGCCCGAGAACGUGCUGCUGGACGAUGGUGGCAAUGUGCGGAUCUCCGACCUCGGGCUGGCCGUGGAGCUGCGGGAAGGGCAGAGCAAGACCAAGGGCUAUGCGGGGACCCCAGGCUUCAUGGCCCCCGAGCUCCUGAGGGGGGAAGAGUAUGACUUCUCCGUGGACUACUUUGCCCUGGGAGUCACGCUGUACGAGAUGGUCGCGGCCAGAGGCCCCUUCCGUGCCCGGGGGGAGAAGGUGGAGAACAAGGAGCUGAAGCAGCGGAUCCUCUCGGAGCCUGUCAAGUACCCCGACAAGUUCAGCCAGGCCGGCAGGGACUUCUGCGAGGCGCUGCUGGAGAAGGACCCUGCACGGCGCCUGGGCUUCCUGGACGGGAGCUGCGACGGGCUGCGUGCGCACGCGCUCUUCGGGGCCAUCAGCUGGAGGCAGCUGGAGGCCGGGAUGCUCAUUCCUCCCUUCAUCCCGGACCCCAGGACUGUCUACGCCAAGAAUAUCCAGGAUGUGGGGGCCUUUUCCACUGUCAGAGGUGUGGUCUUUGACAAAGCAGACGUGGAAUUCUUCCGGGAAUUUGCCUCUGGCACCUGCCCCAUUCCCUGGCAGGAGGAGAUCAUUGAGACAGGCGUCUUUGGGGAGCUGAAUGUGUGGCACCCUGAUGGGGAGAUGCCCGAUGACAUGAAGGGGGUCUCUGCGGAGCAGGCAGCCCCUGGGUCCAAGUCGAGGAUGUGUCUGGUCUCCUAG